AUGUCGGUGGUGCACGUAGGGCAGAUGUCGGCGGGGCAGGUAACUUCAGGGUGGGGACAGAGAAAGCAGAUGUCAAUAGAUCAGAUGAAACACAGAAUAUCUAACACAAAUGUUAGUGAUUCAGAGGAAUCAAAUGCCGGUGGUGUCCGUAAAGCAGACGUGGCUGGGUUAGUCGAAUCAGAGGUCAGCAGUUCAGAGCAGGAGGAUGACGAAGAAGAUGGUGAAGAUGGUCAGUUUGAUGACAAUAGUAAUUGUGGUGGUAGGUCCAAUGUUUGGGUAAGAGAUGAAGAAGAUGAUAUUGGUAGAUCACCUGAGGACGAAAUAUGUAAUAAUUGUAAUGUUAAAAUGGUGAAAGCUGUUGGUGGACCAGUGGUAGAAGAAGAAAAAAAUAACAAUAGUAAGGGUGGGAAGUUGGAGGAAAAGCACAAAGAGGGUGCACCAUGGGACGGAAGGAAUUCAUUCGAGAACAACGAAACUGUCCCUCGCUGCAAAAAUAUUGGCAAUUUAUGUAUGAUUGGAGGGCAAAUGAUACUUGAUGUGACAUUGGCUAUAUUUGACUUUUAA